AUGGUGUGUAUUGAAAAUAUCUAUCUAUCUAUCUAUCUAUCUAUCUAUCUAUCUAUCUAUCUAUCUCAGUCUAUAUAUUAUCUAUCUAUCUAUCUAUCUCAGUCUAUACAUUAUCUAUCUAUCUAUCUAUCUAUCUAUCUAUCUAUCUAUCUAUCUAUCUAUCUAUCUAUCUCAGUCUAUACAUUAUCUAUCUAUCUAUCUAUCUAUCUAUCUAUCUAUCUCAGUCUAUACAUUCUAUCUAUAUCUAUCUAUCUAUCUAUCUAUCUAUCUAUCUAUCUAUCUAUCUAUCUAUCUAUCUAUCUAUCUAUCUUAGCCUAUUCAUUAUCUAUCUAUCUAUCCCAAUCUUUUUUUUAUCUAUCUAUCUAUCUAUCUAUCUAUCUAUCUAUCUAUCUAUCUAUCUAUCUAUCUAUCUCAGUCUCUACAUUAUCUAUCUAUCUAGCUAGCUCAGUCUGCUUAUAUCUAAGAAAAGAAAACUCAUGUUUGGGUUGCUUCCCUUUUCAUUUUCUUUAUUUUCUUCACCUUCCAAUUUUUCUCCUCGUUCUUCUCCUCCACCUUCUCUUUUUUCUUCUUUUCACCUUCCUUUCUUCUUUUUCUUCUAAUUUUCCUCCACGUCAUUGUUCACCUCCACCUUUUUCUUCGCCCCGUCUUUCUUUCUUUCUCCUCCUCCUCCUUUUUCUUCUAAUUUUCCUCCACGUCCUUUUUUACCUCCACCCUCUUCUCUGCCUCAUGUUUCUUUCUUUCUCCUCAUCUUUUUUCUAA